AUAAAAUCAGUCGUUAGCUACAAGUCUCGCCACAGUACCGUAUCCUCGAUCGAGCGAACAUGUCGAUCGGUCUCAAGUGUGCGUCUUUGCUGCUGCUUCUAGCGGCGGUAGCCGGUAGCUAUGCCACGGAACCGGAGGUGCGAACAUCACUGGGUCGCGUUAGGGGCUCGUUCAUGAACACGAGGUUGAACAAGACCAUCUAUGCUUUCCGGGGCGUGAGGUACGGAAAGUCUACAGAAGGGGAGAGGAGAUUCAAGCAAGCUGAACCCGUGGAGGCAUGGACGGGCGUGUUCGACGCUUCGAAGGAGGGUCCUUCCUGUCCACUACCAGCCGUACCUGAGCUGGCCAGCGAAGACUGCUUGAGGCUCAACGUUUACACUACCAAAUUGCCAGAUUCCAGGAACAAGGUAAACCGCCCAGUCAUCGUGUUUUUCCAUCCCGGUGGUUUCUACGGCUUCUCAGCCCAGAGCUACGUUUUCGGGCCCCAGUAUUAUCUCGACCAGGACAUCGUCUUGGUGACAGUUAAUUACAGGCUCGCUACCUUCGGUUUCAUGAGUACCGGCGAUGCCCGAGCUCCGGGAAACCUCGGCCUCAAGGACCAAGUGGUGGCCCUUCGCUGGGUCCAGAAGAACAUCGCCGCGUUCGGCGGUGACCCCAACUCCGUCACCAUCACCGGCUACAGCGCCGGCUCCUGGAGCGUCGUUCUCCACCUCAUGUCCCCCAUGUCCAAGGGCCUGUUCCAUCGCGCCAUCGCCAUGAGCGGCUCACCCACGACUCCGGACCUUAUGCCCACGAAGCAGCCAGAACUGAUUCUCAAGCAGGCCAAGUUCGUCGACUGUCCUUACGACAACGUUGACGUGGCUUUGGAGUGUCUGAAGAAGGUGCCGCACCAGAAAAUCAGUGACUCUAUGGAAAUGUUUAGGGAGUGGUACGGAGAUCCCACCUUGAUCUGGUCCCCGGUCGUGGAGCCCGAAGUCCCCGGAGUAGAGAGAUUCAUCACGGCCCAACCUGUCGACCUCCUGAGAACGAAGAACUUCCAGCACGUGCCCCUUAUAACCGGCAUCACCAAAGACGAGUUCGCCGGAGCACCUCUCGUCGCUCUCGAGGCGGCAUUGAAGGGCGACGACUCGAUCUACCGCAACACGUCCGCGAACUGGGAGCACGCUGCUCCCAUCAGCUUCCAAUACGAGCGCGACACCGAGCGUUCCAAGCACAUCAGCCGCGAGAUAAGGAAGUUCUACUUCAAUGACCAGACCAUCAGUACCAAGAACGGCAGAAAUCUCGGACUGAUCUACGCCGACGCUCUCAUCGGUUACCCCAACCAUCGUUUCGCCGACCUGGUCGCUUCCAACUCUCGCGCUCCCGUCUGGAACUACAUGUUCGUCUACCCGGGACGCUUCAGCUUCUCCGUCUGGAGUGACACUCAAAAACCAUACGGCGUUGUUCACCACGACGAUCUGCAGUACAUCUUCUACAUGUCGUUCAUCUUCCCCUUCUUCAACUCGACCGAUCCCGAGACGAAGCUGGUCGAGAAGAUGACCGCCAUGUGGGCUAACUUUGCCAAAACCGGCGAACCGAUUCCCAAGCACAACGAGCUGUUCAAGGGUGUCACCUGGCCCCUUCUCAAGCCGAAAACCAACAACUACCUGGAGAUCGGGGAGACCUUUACCGUCAAGAGCAACAUGUACCCCGACAGAUACGCUCUAUGGGACAGACUCUUCCCGUUGCCACCCGUUUCAUGUACACAACUCAUCCACUCAGUAUUAGCCGCGACCUCGAGUCGUGCGUGUCGACGCUUGUCUGCGCGGGAAAUACGAAAAACGAUGGCGGGCAAAGUCGAGCUACCUUCGCUGCUGCUGCUGCUGUGUCUUGUGACUGUGAUCGCCGCUUUAGGAGUGAAAGCCGAGGAUGAACCGAGCGACGAGGCGCUCGAGGUCCAGGCGCCUUUGGGAAAGCUCAAGGGAGCUUUCAUGGAGACCAGGUUGGGCAAGAAGAUCCUGGCGUACAGGGGCGUGAGGUACGCCGAACCGCCUACGGGUCAACAGCGCUUUCAGCCUCCGAUUCCCGCGAAGCCAUGGGACAACGUGUUCGACGCAUCGGAGGAAGGUCCGGCCUGUCCCCAAGGCUACGCAGAGAAUCAAUCCGAGGACUGUCUUCGCCUGAACGUGUACACCACGAAGCUGUCGAGCGCGGGCGAGAUCGUGAAGCGACCGGUGAUAGUGUACUUCCAUCCCGGGGGCUACUACUCAUCCUCGGCUCAAAGUUUGAUCGACGGGCCGCAGUUCCUGCUGGACCACGAAAUCGUGCUGGUGACCGUCAAUUACCGGCUGUCGUCGUUAGGCUUCAUGAGCACCGGCGACUCGCUGCUCCCGGGCAACCUGGGCCUGAAGGACCAGGUCGAGGCCCUCCGCUGGGUCAAGAAGAACAUCGCGGCCUUCGGGGGCGACGCGAACUGCGUCACGAUAACCGGCUACAGCGCCGGCUCCUGGAGCGUCUCGUUGCACCUGGUGUCGCCGAUGUCGAAGGGCCUCUUCCAUCGGGCCAUCGCCUCGAGCGGCUCGGCCGUCUACCAGGAGCAGCUGCCCAGCAAUCAGAGCCACCUGGCCAAGAAGCAGGCCGAGCUCCUCGGCUGUCCCACUGACACAGUUGGCAACAUGCUCGUCUGCCUCAACACCAAGAGCGCCGAGGACUUUGCCAGCAGCGUCGGGGAAUUCUUCGAAUGGCACAACAACCCGAUUCUGCAGUGGCUGCCGGUGGUCGAGCCGGAAGUCCGCGGGGUGGAGCGCUUCCUCCCGGCCCAGCCGAUCGACCUCAUAAGGCAGGGCAAGUUCCACAAGGUUCCUCUCAUCACCGGAGUCAGCAAAGACGAGUUCGGCGGCCGCAUCGUCCCGAUGAUCGAGCAAGCGAGAAGCGGCAACAACUCGAUGUUCGACGACCUGAACGAGGAGUGGGACAGAUUGGCGCCGAUCAACUUCCUCUACGAACGGGGCACCAAUCGCUCCAAGGAGAUCAGCCGAAAGCUCAAGGAGCACUACCUCCACGGCAAGCCCGUCGGCGUCGAAAACUCCGAGGGUCUCGCUCGCCUCUUCGCCGACGGCGUAAUUGGCUACUCCGUGCACCGACUAGUCAACUUGCUGGCCGAAGCCUCGGAGCAGCCGGUCUACUAUUACAAAUUCACGUACCAGGGUCCUUACAGUCACGUCACUUGGAACGACACCAAAAAGCCCUACGGGGUCGUUCACCACGACGAUCUGCUCUACCUAUUCCGGGUGAGCUUCUUCCCGGACUUUGACAAGGACUCGCCGGAUCUGAAGACGGUCGAGCGCAUGACGGCCAUCUGGUCGAACUUUGCCAAGACCGGCGAGCCGAUUCCCAAGGACGACCGGAACUUUGCGAACGUCAGCUGGGAGAGGUACAGCGCGAAGGAGAAGAAGUACCUGGAGAUCGGCAGCGAGCUCGUCCUCAAGGCCGGCCUCAACGCCGAGAGGAUGGAGCUCUGGGACAAGCUGUUCCCCGUCCCCCUGUUACUUCCGACGGAGUAGCGAGACACUAAAAUGCUUGUUUUCGGUCGGGAGGUCGAAAGAUGUCAGUCAUGCCUGAAUCAUCGCUCAGCGGUUCUGUUCUUCGCAAGAUUUGCCAAUAAAAUGUACAUACACACAUAUAGCUAUAAAUAAACCACGACAUAAUAAAAUAA